AUGUCCUGCCCCCAACUCACUGUGGAGCUGGGAGCCUGCUGUAAGCUGCAGAGGCAGCCCCACAACAACGCAGGGGAGCUGAGGUGCCUUUGGGAGCCCAGGGACCCUGAGUUGACCCAGACCCCUCUGGCGGCCCACCCCGAGGCUGGCCAGGGUGGCUCCUUCCUGGGCUUCCUGCUCGAGGAGUUCCUUCCCCGCCAGACGGCCCAGAAGCCAGAUGGUCCAGGACAGGCCCAGCCCCAGAGCCAGAGAUGCUGCUGCUGCCUGCUGCUGCCCGUGCUGAAGCGAGAUCCCAGUUACAGUCUUCAAGUGCAGAGGCGGGUGACGGUGCAGGAGGGCCUGUGCGUCAUGGUGCCUUGCAACUUCUCCUACCCCCGGGAUGGCUGGAACGAGUCUACUGCUGCUUAUGGCUACUGGUUCAAGAGGACCAACACAAAUACAGGUGCUCCUGUGGCCACACAAACAACCCAGGUCGAGGUGGGAAAUGAGCACCGGGGCCGAUAACUCACUGGGGAUCCCGGCAAGGGGAGCUGCUCCUUGGUGAUCAGAGACGCGCAGAGGGAGGAUGAGGCACAGUACUUCUUUCGGGUGGAGAGAGGAAGUCGUGUGAGAUACAAUUUCAGGAGGCUUGAUUAGUUUCUCUCUGUCCCAGCCCUGACUCAGAAGCCUGAUGUCUUCAUCCCUGGGACUCUGGAGCCAGGCAGCCCCGGUAAAGCGGUCAUCUGUGUGUUUAACUGGGCCUCUGAGGAAUGUCCAGCGCCUUCUUUCCCUGGAAUGAGGACUGCCCCUCCACCCAGAAGAACCAGACCAAGCACCACCCACUUCUCAGUGCUCAGCUUCACGCCCAGCCCCAGGACCCGCGACGACCUCACCUGCCAUGUGGACUUCUCCAGAAAGGGUGUGAGCGCACAGAGACAGUCCGACUCGCGUGGCCUGCAGGUGUGGCCUGGGACGCUGGGGCGUGCAGACAGACCCGGUGGGUGGGGAGGUGGAGGAGUCCAGCGGGGCAGUGGAGCGGCUCCCAGCUCAGGAGCGUCCAGGGAGAGGAAGCCGUGGGGUCCCAGGAUGCUAGCUCAGCCCUGGAGGAUGGGAGAUAGCAUCUGGUCCUCUGUCCACACCCGUGAGCCUCAGCUCUGGUUAUCACUUGUCUUUCCUGGGAUGUUCCCACUUUCUUUUCCCGGAGGAAGUUUUCCAGGUGAGGAACAAACUGUCCCUCCCUGUAGCCAGCUCACAAUGUUGUUGCAGACGCCCCCAGAGAUCUUGUUAUCAUCAUUUCUUCCAGCCCUGGGAAACCCCAGGAAAAUCUCACAUCUAAACCAGAGAAGGCAAGUUCCUGCAGCUCCCUCUGUGCUGCCUGACAGCAACCCCGCCACGCUAGGCCUGGGUCCUGCAGGCAAGUCACCGCCUGUCCCACCCCUGGGAGCCCAGGCCUGGGACUGGGCUGCCGGGAUCCUCAGAGAACCUUACAGAGUGAUGGUUUCCCAAGCAAACAGGACAGUCCUGGAAAACCUCGGCAGCCACACGUCCCUCCCGGUCCUGGAGGCCAGCCUGCGCCUGGUCUGUGUCACCCACAGCCCCCAGCCAAGGCUGGGCUGGACCCAGGGGGGACAGAUUCUGAGCCCCUCCCAGCCGUCAGACCCGGGAUCCUGGGACUGCCUCCAGGUUCAAAUGGAGCAUGAAGGAGGGUUCACCUGCCACGCUCCCAGCACCAUGAGGCUCCCAGCCAUCUCUCAGCCUCUCCUGACCUGCUGGAAGCUGCAGCGUGGGGGAGGAGUUGGCCUGGGGGCUGCCCUGGGAGCUGGUGUCACUGCCCUGCUCGCUCUCUGUUCCUGCCUCGUCAUCUUCAGGAUAAAGACCUGCAGGAAGGAAGCUCGCAAGAGGGCAGCAGCGGAGCAGGACGUGCCCUCCACCCUGGGGCCCGUCUCCCAGGGUCAGCAGCAUGAAUGCUCAGCAGGCAGCUCCCAAGACCACCUGCCCCCAGGUGCAGCCACCCCCACCCCAGGGCAGGGGGAAGAGCAGGAGGUCUACUACGCCUCCCUCAGCUUCCAGGGGCUGAGGCUUCGGGAGCCUGAGGACCAGGAGGCCCCCAGCAGCACUGAGUACUCAGAGAUCAAGAUCCACAAGGGACAGCCCCCGAGGGGCCUGGGCUUUGGGCUUCAGUUCGAGAAGGAGACGUCAGGGAUGGUUCCAAAGUGAAGAGUUCUCCAUGGAAACAGGACACCAACAAGUGCGUGGGAGUCAUGUUGGUGUGACGGCCAGAACUGGACUCAGAUUUCAGCCCCAUCCCCAGUGAAGAGCUUGAGUUUGAAGAUUAGACUCUUUUUUGAGACAGGUUCUCACUCUGUCCCCCAGGCUGGAGUGCAGUGGUGCAAGCUCAGCUCACUGUAGUCUCAACCUGCCAGACUGAAGUGAU